CACAGACACUUGAGUUCGAUUUCGAUUAUCUACUUAACUUACUUUUCAAAAGAUGAAAAUAAGAAUUUAUUAAUUUUCCAAGAUUUUUUUAAGCAAAAAGAAGAAAGAAAUGUGAAAUAUUUAAUUUCAUUGAAUCAUCAUUGAAUAUAAAACAUAUUAUUCUAGACGUGGUUUCCAUUAAAAUUAAAUUGAACAGGGUCACUUGGUGUUUAAAUCAAGAGCAGUUUUUGCAUAGAAUUAUUGAAAAAAUGGAACUCCAAGACUCGUAUUACAAUAAAUCCGAAUACGUAGAAACUGCAUCUGGCAACAAAGUAAGCAGACAAACAGUUCUGUGUGGAUCUCAAAACAUAGUAUUACAUGGUAAAGUCAUAGUACAGAGUGAUGCAAUCAUCAGAGGUGAUCUGGCAAAUGUAAAGACUGGCAGAUUUUGUAUAAUAAGCAAAGGGUCUGUUAUUAGACCACCAUUUAAGAAGUUUAGCAAAGGAGUGGCUUUCUUUCCUUUACAAAUGGGUGACCAUGUAUUUGUUGGAGAAAACACGGUUGUAAAUGCUGCUGUGGUUGGCUCAUAUGUUUACAUUGGGAAAAAUGUUGUUAUAGGUAGGAGAUGUGUCUUGAAAGACUGCUGUAUGAUUGAAGACAACUCAGUGUUGCCAGCUGAAACAGUUGUACCAUCAUUUGCAAGAUAUUCUGGCAAUCCAGCUAGACUUAUAACCACACUACCCGAAGCCAUGCCAGAUCUUAUGACUGAGUUUACAAAGAGUUAUUACCAACACUUCUUACCCACUACAAAAGAAGCAGAGUAUGAGCUUCGUGCAGGUGUGCUGGUGGAUGGGGGGGACCGCUUUGGUGUCUCCUCUGUCAUUUUUGAUAAGUAUGAAGAAUUGAUAUGGAUGGGGAACCAAGGAGGCCAUGUCACAUCCUACUAUGGGCCUCGCAUGCAAAAGUACACAUCAUUCCAAAUUCAUGUAUCUGAAGAAGUGAGGGAUAUUUUAACUUUAGAGGAAGGCAUCUAUUGUUUGACCAAAACGUCGUUGCGUCACCAAAUACGCAGGGGAAUACCAAAGCACACUCAUAAAUCACCCAAUAUGGAGGAUAUGCAAUGCUUGUUCCAAGUUGACUCACACAAGGUGCUGAUGGGUGGCCAUCAAGAUAAGCUUCUGGAGUUAGAUCUCAAUAAAUGGGUGGAGAAUGUCAUUAAUGUCCCAGAAGAAGGUUGCGCGGUGUUACGCAGCGGUGGUGGUUCCGUCGUCGCGUGUGGAAGCGCCAACGGGAUGAUAACGCUGAGGGAUCUGCGAUGCCCCAGCAGUGUAGAGCAAUCCUUCAGGGCGCACACCGCCUGUCUCUCAGAUCUGGAUGUCCAGGGAGAUAUGCUGAUCACUUGCGGGUUUACUCAGUCGUCAUCUGGUGCGGUCGCGGAGCCAUACGUAGUAGUAUGGGACGUGCGCUGCGCCCGCGGUUCCUCCCUCCGGCAAAUACCCACUGCAUCUCCGCCACAGCUACUGCACUUUGUGCCCGCGGUGUCCGGGCGCGCGGUCGCCAUGGCGAGUGACGGCCACGUCACCGUGCUAGAUGUCAACGACGCCCACAAGCCCGAGUCGCAGUCUGUGUUUCAGGUGGAGACCCAUAACUCACAGUGCAGUGUCAUGGACGUCUCAUCCACGAGUCAAGCCCUCGUGUUCGGCGAUCUGGGUGGCCACAUCCACAUGUUCUCCGCCAAGCAGAACCAUGAACCGAUUUAUAACAGCUUCUCCAGGGCUACGGAAUUUGCCGACCCACCACCAGAUCUACCAUACGCGAGUUUCAACGACAAAAACUUCCGAUUCUCUUCCGUGCCUCUGCCACCGCUUACCACUGGCACCAGGUGGUUCAACGAGCUUCCUGCCGAAUUCUUUAAAAAGACUUACAGGAAACCAAAACCCAUUGACCCUGAAAUCUUGAAGACGAUGAAGAUGCAAGGUCCCAUCGGCUACGCACCAAACCCAAAGACCUUUAGACGUAAUCAGAUGCAAUACAUUGAAGACAACUUGGACGAUAUGCAAGCCUCGAAACUUAACGACGCCAAGAUAAAUACUCAGCCCAUACCCAGAUAUUAUCUCAAGAUGGAACUACGAUUCGAUAAACCAAGAUCCACCGACGAUAUGGACGUGUUGAACAAAACCGGAUUUCCUGGUUUGGAGUCUACAUUACCAAACUCUUACUGUAAUGCUAUGCUGCAGGUCUUAUAUCACAUUCAGCCGUUGAAGGCCACACUGUUGGCACACACCUGUGCUAAGGAGUUUUGUCUGAGCUGUGAACUGGGAUUCCUGUUUCGAAUGUUGGACACAUCAGGCGGGGCGCCGUGCCAGGCCAAUAAUUUCCUACGCGCGUUCCGUACGGUGCCUGAAGCGGCCGCUUUGGGCCUGAUAUUGCCUGACCGUGGCACUGAUAUCAAAGCUGAUCUCGUCACCCUGAUACAGAGUUGGAACCGCUUCAUGCUUCACCAAAUUCAUUCGGAAAUACUGGAAACACGUAAAAAGGAGAAAGAAUUAACUUUCCUCCCUCAAACCAGUAGUCCGCCAAAACCAGCAGUCAAUAGGCAGGUCAACGGGCAAUAUGAGGAGUGUCAGUUCACUGAUAUGAAGUAUAUGGGCCCGCCAGUCUGUGAGGACGAUUCGCAGGACAUCUUGCCACCAGAGUGGACUCCCAAUAAUCAUGAGGAGGGUCCCAUUGAAGCAAAUCACUUGCCACCAGAUAAUAAUGAUCUGCCGAACAAUAUAUCAAAGUCAGAUGACGAGGAAUCGGAAAUAUCUCAGUUGUUUGCCAUCGGGCGUCAGCAGGUGAACCGUUGCACUAAAUGUAACAAGGAGGAAGAACGCGAAUCAGUAGUAUUGGCGUGCGCGCUACAGUACGUAGCGAACACAGAAAGUGAAAAGGGGGGGUUCUUAGAGCUAGUGCGCGCUUCGCUGGCGUCGCGACGCUCCACGCCCGCCUGGUGCGAGCAUUGCGCGCGGUUCACGCCCACCGUACAGAGGGGCAGGAUACUCAGAUUGCCACCUAUUCUGGCAAUAAAUUGCGGCGGUGUCACUGCACACGAGAAGGCCUAUUGGACUAAAGGUGUCCAAAAAGAUAUGCCUGAAGCGAACAAAAGAGGUAGCAGCAGUAAACCAUGUAGAUACGGCUUACAUUGUGCCAGACCUGGGUGUAGAUUCAAGCACCCAGAACGGCUCUCAUCGGGGCAACAGAUGAAUUCCCUGAACAAUUCCUCGCAAGAAACUAAUUGCAUUUUGCCUCAACAGUUGCACAUUCGUUUGCAAACUGACGGCGAAGUUAUUAUUGAUGAUAAGACUGAUAAUUCACCAACGGAGCCUAGGAUUGACUUCAGCAAACCCAAGAAAAAACCAACAAACGUCCAACACGAAGAGGAAUACACUCUGUCUUCGGUGGUCGUUUGCGUUGAGGACACUCCAAAAAAUAUUGUCGCGUACGUGAGAAUACCGGACAAGGAUGACGAAUCGCGAUGGUUCCUGUUCAAUGAUUUGAACAUCGUCCCGGUAAGUCCUGAUGAAGUGGUCCAGUUCAGCAGUUGGUGGAAGAGUCCGUGUGUCCUGUUCUAUACCAGCGCGCGCGUGACGGAGGUGGCUGAUGACUCAUAGCCGACGUGCCCGUAUGGGCCUUGCGAACUGUGUGAGGGCCCAUACGAGUUAAACGGCACCUACUACGGAAUACCGGCCGAAGAAAACUACAGCUUGCGAUGAGUAUGAUAAGUCUGAGAGAAAAACUAAAGUACGAAUGAUGUUAUGAAUUUUCUGCGAAU